AGGUCGUUAUUUUUCUUCAUGGUGAGAUCAGCCGUAAAACCCGAUGGAACCCAUGCGGUGCCGCGGACCCGGCCCCACCUGAACCAAAUCAUGGUGGGUUUGGUGCUUCUUUCCAUGGGAAUUUUGAUCGUGUACAUGUAUCGAAUCAUUGAUGACCUGCACAACGAGCAGAAGGAUCUACGGGGGCAGAUCGUGGCCAUGGCAAACAGAGAAUGGCCUCAUCUCCUGUCGCAUCCCGGAAGUGACAAGUUCCUGGAGUCCAAGGACGAAGCCGUGGCAAGAAGUGGGCAGUCCAAUCGCUUCGCCAAAACCAUGGGCUCGUAUGAGGAGAGCAGACGACCCGUUGAGCACGUCGUGGAGGAAGUGCACCCAGGGUACAUGGCAGCCUUUGAAGUUCCAAGGGGCGAUCCUGAAAGCAAGCGACGUCUUGCUGGCUUCUACACCAUUGGCACGGCAGCAGGCGUCGGCUGCUACGAGGUGGCGGAUGCCGCCACCACCACCUACGACGUUUCGAGCGCCACGGCCUGCAGCAGCAACUCUUGCCCUGAUUGCUUCAUCACGCCGGGGACGGUUUCGCAAGACAUGACGAUCACCAUCAAUUCCUGCAGCUCGGCGCAGUGGAUCAGAUCCACCACCAGGACAGGCAUUUGGGAGUACAAGUUCAUCAACACCCAUGCCACCUACACCAUGAGCAUCACCGACAACAGCGGUAUCGGUAUCACCUACAAGGUGCCGCCGCAAAGCCACGUCACCGCCUGGUGCGCUGCCAGUUCCGGCACAGCUGACAGGCUACGUUUUCCCAGCACCACUGUGCCGACGCUUUCGGUGGACAGUGGUUUCACUCUCUCUGCUGGAGCCUUUGAUGCGAGCGCCAGCUCAGGAGCCUUUGACACCUCCUCUGGUACGGUCACCCUCCGUGGCAACACCGUGGUGAACGGGGCCAACACCUUCGCCACGGGCACCGGCACCGUGUCCCUCAACGGCGCCACCACCGUGGCCGAUUCGACGGCCUUCAAUGUGGGUUCCACCGCCGGCUCCGGCGGCGCCGCCACCUUCUAUGGGACGGUGACCAUCGGUGGCACAGGCAAUGGCGAAUCCACAUCCCUGACGGUGAACGGCGCCUUCGCCCAAGCCGAUGAUGGCGAUGGAACUGUAAAAACCUUUUCUACGGCCACCGGAACGGUCAGUAUCAACGGGGAUAUCAGCCAGGCUAGUGGCAAGAGCAUUACCCAAAGCGGUGCGGGCGCCAUUACUAGCGGCAGCGGCGCAGUGCAACUGAAUGGUGCGGUGACGAUCACGGGCAGCAACACCUUCACCAGCGGCACGGGCACGGUGACCUUGAAAGGCAACACCCUGGUGGACUCCACGAACACCUUCACAGUCGGAACAGCUGGGUCCGCAGGUGCCACCAUUUUGUAUGGCACUCUGACGGUGGGAGAUUCCACAGGAGCCGCUGCCACUACCUUGUACGGAGCCUUGACCCAGAACGAUGUGGGUGCAACGCCCUCCACCAUUACCUCUGGCACUGGAGCCAUCGCCUUGAAUGGUGAUGUUGAUGUUGCCGACAGCAAGUAUCUCCACAUGCUCGCCACGAGUUCUGGAACCUUUCAAACGGGCGUGGGCACCGUGACCCUGAAUGGCAACACCCAAAUUGCAUCUACCCGCACCUUUACCACGGGCUCGGGUGCUGUAUCCUUGCAGGGUGCCACCACCGUGGCACAAGGCAUUCAGUUCAACGUGGGAACUGGACCCGGCAACACCGGAAAUGCUGUGCUGUAUGGUCCUGUGGUCAUCGGCUCAUCAACCACCAACGCCGCAUCAAGACAGCUGACAUUGAACGGCCACCUGGUGCAGAAUGACGACUUGGACGGUACCGCGUCGCAGAUCACCUCGGGUACCGGUACAGCGGCCUUCAAUGGCGAUGUCACGGUGGCCUUUAACAAAGACCUGACGAUGUCCAACACAGGCACGGGCACCUUCACCACGGGCACGGGUGCGGUGACCCUGAACGGCGCCACCACAGUGAGCACCGGGAACACCUUCACCAUCACGGACCAGGGCAGCGCGAUUCAAUGCAAUCAGCCAGACACUGCGGCCAGUGAUCUCUGCAAGGCGAGUCGUUGAGGAUCCUCCGCGCCGUGGUCAUUUUCCGUCCGCCGUAAACGGUGCAGUGCGGUGCGGGGGCUGGUGGCGCGGGAUCAGAAUCUUCCCGUCGG